GUUAAAAAUUACAUGAUUUAUAAACCAAUGUUUUACUUUUGACCUCCCAAAGUACCAACUAGAUUCACAUAAAGCAUUUUUACUGUCCCAAAUGGUGAUAAACUGGUAACAGGCACAAGGAAAAAAAGCACACAUCAUUGUAAAUACAAUACAUUUAUCACUCAGAAUUUAAAAAGAUUGGUGGAAAAUGGAAAUAAUGUUAAAUACCUAGAACCCAGUUUUAGAUUUAUGAUACUUUAAAAGUUAUGGAUUAAUAAGAUUAAAUACCUAUAUCAUUACUAUUUGUAUUCUAUAUUAAUUAGUGUUUGUCGUUUGAAAUACUGAACCAUAGAUAAUAGUUAUGCUAGGAUACGUGAAAAUAACAUGUACCGAUUAACUUACGACAAAAAAAUUAAAUGUUUAAACCUUAAACACAUCUCACGAUUUUGGAUUUAUUAUGCAAUACCACCUCGGGCGGACUCAGUGUUCGCAAUCUCUUACUUUUUCAUAAAACGUAGAUAUACACAGUCUUCAAUAGUUUAUCGAAAUUCUACAGAAGAAAGCGAUGUUUAUGGUAGCAGUGACAAUUUAUUUAAUAAAUCUUCGUCUACAGAAAGCUUGAAUUUAGAUCAAGAAAAAAAAAUGGUGGAUAUAAAUAACGUUACGAGACGUAGUGGCUACGGUUCAACUGAAGAUGAAAUGCAGGAAAGUAAGAAUUAUACUACAACUCAAGAUGAUUCGGACAACUGUAAAUUGAAUUCUGAUUCACAUUCAUCGAAUAUGUCGUGGGAGUCUUGUCGUGAAGGAAUCAGCCACGCUGAAUUGGGCUUUGUUCAUUCAGAAAUAUGUCAACCGCUCAAUCAAUACACGAUGGACAAAAAAAAUGAAACAAGAACACAAAAGAUUACCAGAACAUUUUUCACGGACAGAAAACAUAAAAGUAUAAAAGCCAUACAAAAGAAAACCCCAGAAAAAUAUUUAGUAACAAAAAUGAAUGAAGACUAUGAUCAACACACACUAAAUAAUGACAAACUGGAAUAUCAUUUGGAUAACACAGAACAUGAAUUGAAGCAUGGAAAUAAUUUGGAAAACACAAAACUCUCUUCAACAUAUCGAUAUGAAUUGAAAUAUGAAUACGAUUUGGAUAAUACAAAAUAUGAGCUCAAGAAUAAAAACAAAUUGGAGAUAACGAAAAUCUCUUCUAUACAUCAUGAUGAAUUAAAGGAUGAAUACAGUUUGGAUAACACAGAACAUAAACUGAGAGAUGCACACAAUUUGGAGAUCACGAAACUCUCUUCAACAUAUCAAGAUGAAUUUAAAGAUAAAUACAAUUUGGAUACUACAGAACAUGAAUUGAAGCAUGAAAACAAACUGGAGAUAACAAAUCUCUCUUCUACAUAUCAAAAUAAACUGGAAAAUGAAUACAGUUUGGAUAACACAGAACAUAAACUGAGAGAUGCACACAAUUUGGAGAUCACGAAACUCUCUUCAACUUAUCAAGAUGAAUUUAAAGAUAAAUACAAUUUGGAUAAUACAGAACAUGAAUUGAAGCAUGAAAACAAACUGGAGAUAACAAAUCUCUCUUCUACAUAUCAAAAUAAACUGGAAAAUGAAUGCAAUUUGGAUAACACAGAACAAGAACUCAAAGAUGACAACAGUUUAGAGAUCUCGGAAAUCUCUUCUAUACAUCAUGAUGAAUUGGAGAAUAAAUACAGUUUGAAUAAUAGAGAACAUUCCUCAAACGAUGAUCAUGUGAUGCUUGCAAAUGUUCUGGAGACAACUGGGCUCUCUCAAAUACAUCAGGAUGAACAAAAUUGUGAUUACAAUUUUUUAACAAGCCCGCUCUCCUCCUUAAAUAAUGACAAAAGCAUUUCUGGUAUUGAUAGUCCUAAUAUCAAAUUUCAUCAUGAUGAGAUUCAAGACAUCAGCGGAUGUUGCAAUACUUGUUCGUCUGAAUGUACAGAAUCGUUACCAAGUCCUAUAUUCAACAACGAUAGUUCAAUUGAUGAUAUUCAGUAUGUGGAAGACUACAGCGAUAUUAUCUUUUUCGAUCCAACGUUAUCAGAUGAUGCCAUGAAUGAAGCUUUUGUAGUUGUUGAAGAUAUCUAAAACGUUUAAACUAUUGUAACUUUUGUAUUAAGAUGAAUUUUUGAAAAUUAACAAUCUUACUAAAUUAAAACUUUAACCCCAGAAAUGUAUAAAUUCUGAAUACAUUAUUAUAAGAUAUAAUAUGCAAUA